AUGGCACAAGCUGGACUUUGGAUUUUUCUACUCAUAAGCUUACUACUGCUGGACCAGACCAUCAGCCAGGCUUCCAAAUUCAAAGGCAGGAAGCACAGCAAACGUAGAGUGAAAGAAAAAGAUGACCUGAAGACUCAGAUUGACAAAUUGUGGCGAGAAGUAAAUGCUCUGAAGGAAAUACAAGCACUCCAGUCAGUGUGCCUUCGUGGGACCAAGGCCCACAAGAAGUGCUACCUCAUGUCAGAAGGCCCCAAGCACUUCCACGAGGCCAAUGAGGACUGCAUAGCCAAGGGGGGGACGCUGGCCAUCCCCAGGAACAACGAGGAAACGAACAUCCUUCGCGAUUACGGCAGGAAAAGCGCACCCGGCGCGUCCGAGUUCUGGCUGGGCGUCACCGACAUGGCCCACGAGGGGAGGUUUGUGGAUGUCAAUGGCAUGGCUCUGCUCUACUCCAACUGGGACCGUGCCCAGCCCAACGGGGGCAAGAGGGAAAACUGUGUCUUCCUGUCUCAGGCAGCCCAGGGCAAGUGGGUGGAUGAGGUGUGCCGCACUGCCAAGAGAUACGUUUGUGAAUUCCUGAUCCCAUAA